AUGGCCAGCAAGCUGAAGAAGUUUGGAAAGUCGCUGCUACGACGCCGGGCCUUGGAUGUUUCUGGUGAAGAGACCCAGUUUGCUCGCUGCCUGUCCACCCUGGACUUAAUUGCCCUGGGGGUAGGUUCCACACUCGGAGCGGGUGUUUACGUCCUGGCCGGUGAGGUCGCCCGAGAAAAGGCGGGGCCUGCCAUUGUCCUCUGCUUCCUCAUCGCCGCUCUGUCCUCCAUGUUGGCCGGGCUGUGCUACGCAGAAUUCGGAGCCCGAGUUCCCAAAACAGGCUCGGCGUACAUGUACAGCUAUGUGACAGUUGGUGAAAUAUGGGCCUUCAUUACAGGGUGGAACCUCAUCCUCUCGUAUGUGAUAGGUACGGCCAGUGUAGCCAGGGCGUGGAGCUCCACCUUUGAUAAUCUGGUUGAACAAAAGAUCUCGGGGUUUUUCAAAGCCUCCAUGGCAAUGAAGGUUCCGGGUAAAGUCCUGGCUGAGUACCCUGAUCUGUUUGCCCUCAUCCUGGUCCUUCUGCUAACAGGGCUUCUUGCUUUUGGUGUGAAUGAGUCAGCGUUGGUGAACAAGAUUUUCACAGGCAUCAACCUGGUGGUCCUGGGCUUCGUUAUAAUAUCGGGCUUUGUGAAAGGUGACCCGGCGAAUUGGAGUUUGACAGAAAAGGAUUUUAUCACAUACGUUAACAACAGCAGCAGCAACAGCAGCAGGCCGUACUCAGUCGAGAAGAACUUUGGUACCGGUGGUUUCACUCCCUUCGGUCUGACUGGCGUCUUGUCUGGUGCUGCCACCUGCUUCUAUGCAUUUGUGGGCUUUGACUGUAUAGCAACAACAAGUGAAGAAGCAAAAAACCCAAUGCGAUCCAUUCCCAUUGGCAUCGUGGCGUCACUGCUGAUCUGCUUUUUCGCCUACUUUGGCGUAUCCGCUGCUCUGACUAUGAUGAUGCCCUACUACAUGCUGGACACCCAGAGUCCUCUGCCGGAGGCCUUCAGCUACGUGGGCUGGGCUCCUGCCAGAUACAUCGUGGCCGUAGGUUCUCUCUGUGCUCUGUCCACCAGUCUGCUGGGCUCCAUGUUUCCAAUGCCUCGAGUCAUCUACGCCAUGGCAGAAGACGGCCUGCUCUUUCGAUCGCUCUCCAAGAUGAACACUCGCACAAAAACACCACUUCUGGCGACGGUGGCUUCUGGAAUAGUUGCAGCUUUCAUGGCCUUCCUGUUCGACCUGGCAGCUCUGGUCGACCUCAUGUCCAUUGGAACUCUGUUGGCCUACUCUCUAGUGGCCAUCUGUGUCCUCAUCCUCAGGUACCAGCCAGACAUGACCACACAGAACUCCUCCAGCCAGAUGGAGAAACUGGUGGAGCUGGUGGGAGGUGAGAAAGUGGCCGUUACUGGAGGAGACAGCGGCGAUGAGUACGGCGUUGAGAUUGAGGACGCGCCUCUCCAGGAGUCCUUCACUGCCAAGCUGCUCUUCUUCCCGAGAAGGAAUAUCCCAACGGAGAAGUCCGGGUUAAUAGUCUACGGCACCACCGCCAUCAUCUCCGUUUUCAUCACCAUCCUCUGCGUUGUCCUGGCCAACUACCUGCCCCAGCUGCUGGAAGGACACGCAGGAGUUAUGGUGCCGUGUAUCCUCCUGGCUGUGCUGUGUGUCGUCUGCGUGGUUAUCAUCUGGAGGCAGCCCGAGAGCAAGGAGGCUCUUACCUUCAAGGUUCCUCUUCUUCCCUGGUUGCCUCUGUUCAGUGUUUUUGUCAACCUCUACCUCAUGAUGCAGCUGGACAUUGGCACGUGGUGUCGGUUUGCAGUUUGGAUGGCAAUUGGUUUCGCCAUCUACUUCGGCUACGGCAUCAGGAACAGUAGCGAGGGUUCCAACAGGUCGUCACCGCGUAAAUAUGAGCCAGCGCUGCAGAGGAAGAGUCCAAUUUAUGUCGGCGCUGCUGAUGACAGCGAUGCAGAGUCAGGCAGCAGGCCUUGAUAGAGACUGACCCAGACCUGGGACGUGUUGCUGAGCAGCUACACUCCUGCUGCGGUGUAGUCUGUCUGGAACACAGCCUGGGUCUAGAGGGAGGAGAGGGGAGAAGAAAAAAAAACAGAAACAAAACUGACACAUCUUACCUCUGACUUUUGGAGGCUGAGUAACUUGAUGUUGACGACACUGUGACGGAGCCGCUGUCCGGCCCUGGUGUCUGAUUCUAAUCCUAUAUUUUCUGUAGUUGGCCUUGGCCGUCUCAACGCAUUAACAUGUCUCUAACGCACACACACACACGCGCACACAGGCUUCGUAAUGAACCCCAUUAACAGAAUACCGAGAUACACAUCAUUGUCACCACUUUCCUCUUCUCCAUUAUUGUGGAGCUGGCGAGGAGCUGCGGCCUGGCCGUCAGAUUAAACUGAGCACUACCGACUCAAACAAUGUUACAUUUGAUAUCAGCGACGUCUCUCUCGGUUUGAUGAGCUGGACCUCCGACCUGUACAGGUCCUGCUACUGCAUCACAUAGUGUAAAUACCUAAACAAGGGGUGUGGCCAGUGAAAUCUGUUUAUGCAUAGAAAGGGAGAAAAUGCUAUGCUAAUCACACUAGUAGGCAAACGGUGUGAUUCCUCAUAAUCGGAGGUCUGUCUAAAGACCAGUGGGCGGAACCAGGGCUCCACUCUCCAAAGCUGAGGACACGCUGCGAGACGAGAGAUUUUCAUUCCUGUUUCUUAACUGGUUAAAGUCUGCACAACAAAUCUGAUUGUUUACCGACCCAACUGGUACGGUUGCUUAAACUGUCGCUCUCCUGUCGGAGUAGCGUUCAGUUGGCUGUAGUUGUUCUGACAAAUGAGCCAAUCAGAUGCAGUUGUCAUAUGUUUGCUCCCCAGUCUUCAAGGGAUUUACAGAAAUCUGUUGAAAUCAGUUUGUGUUUACUUCAGGUCUUUUCAAAAUCUCCAAAGACUGAAAGCUGUGUAGUGUGUCCUCAGCUUAAGGAACCCACCCUAAAAAAAAGUGUCAAUUUGAACAUCUAUCCUUAACUUUUCAGAUGUUAGCACACGUCCUUGAGCUAGCUGCUUAGACUUCGUUAACAGUAGUAGGAUUAAUGACAUGCAUCAUUUACUGCAAAUCAUUGGCAUUAAAACAACAGUCAAGGACUUAGCUUUGUGUAAGGCAAAUGGCAGCGUUCACCUUUUUCCUAGGACAGUGAAUGCACCACUGCAGAACUUAACAGUUCUAUAAAAACUUUGGCUCAGUUUUAUCACAUAAGAAAAAAAAAAGCUGGUGUCUGUGUAGUGGCUGUACCUGCUGCUGGUUUCCAUCCUGACAUGGUCACAUGGUCCAUAUGUACUUGUGGCGGUUCACGGUCCUGCAGAUAAUAGAUCAGGUUAAUGAAAAUUCUAAAUUUCUUGCUCUGUCCAGUAACGUGUUCCUUUAACCUCUAACACAUUGAGAUCACGGUCUUGACUUCUUCUACAGACGUCGGUCUAAACCCUCAUCCUGUUACCACUCUGUUUACGUGCUUCACAUGUUUUCAGAUACGACGAGUAGAUUUUACUGUCAGGAAGAAAAAAAUGGAUCUGAGUCAAAGACAAAAUGAAGGACUUGACUCAGCCGUGGUUCGGUUGUGUACGCCGUGGCCUGUUACUCAACAAAGUUCUUUUUAUUAUCACUACUAACUCCUUUGUGAAAGAAAGUUUGUUUUUUUUACCACAAAGGUCCUGUUUUUAGUUUCAAUGGAAACUUGUACUUGGCAGCUUCGUCUGUCGAGCUCCAAUCUUAUACAAUUGUUGCUUUUUAUGUUAAUAGAGUUGUUUGGCCUCCGUUCUGCUAUUUCUAUCAAUAGAGAUGAUUUUUAGAUGUUUAGAUGUAUUUUUAAUCAGUGCUUACAGCUUUAAGAGGCAUUCGUUCUUUUUUUUAUCCUUUACUUUUUUUCUCCCUAUUAUGUUAAAAAUAUAGAUAUUUUAAAAUAUUUUCUCCCUAAACAAAUGAUCUUUUAUUGAGUUUUUUCAAAACAAAUGACCAAAAACAGUUGGUCUCUAAAUUAUUUUUGUAAAAGUAUUUUAUUAUUUGUUGUCCUUCUCUCCUCUGGAGGCAGUAUGUUAACUUAUUGUUAAUAUCAUCUUGAUGCUUAAGCUGCGUGCUGUGCUGUAGUACAUACAGUAUUUGUUUCAAAGUAUCUUUAUUUGUAUAAAGCUGUUACUUGUACAAAUGGACCAUCUUUAAAACAUGGCCUUAGUUUUUUGGUUUUUUUUUUAUGUUGAAAAGAAAUGACACUUGAAAAAUGUUUGAUUUUUUUUUUUUCCUGCUAGAAAACAGUUGUACAAACUAAUCUUUUCCGAUCUUAUGUAAAUGUCUACAGAAGAAUUAAAUGUUCCUGAAAAUGUUCAUGGUCUAAAAUAUGUACUUUUUUCACAGACUGUCUGAUUGGUUCAAGAAUGAAUUUAAAAUCAGCUGCUGUUUCUGGGUGAGUCAAAUCUACAAUCUGGUGGUGGUAUAAAAUAAAAUAAAUUAAAAUGGAGCUGUAACUCGACACUUAUAAUUCUCUCAGCCUUUGUGCCUUUAAAUGAAACCAGUUCACCCCCAUCAUCUACGCUAUUGUAUUAACAGCAGUUUUAUAUUCUGUACAUGUCUGUAAAAAUGAACUGUGUUUUCAAUGUUUUUUAAAUAAAAAAUAAAUCUGUCAGA